UUUGUUGUUUCAUUUUUCAUUUUUUUGCUUCAAACCGGUCUCAUUUCUCCCUCCAACGCAGCCCCCCACCUCUCUCUCUCUCUCUCUCUGAAAUUUCUCUUCCGUACAGUCAGUCGUGGGGUCGUCUCCUUGCCGGCUUCUCUCUUGGCGGUCGGCCACCCUCCACCGUCCUUCAACGGCGUUCUGUCCCGGCGGAUUUGGCGGCCAUAUCUGUCUCCGGCGACGCUAAAAACAAAGAUCAUUGUCAAUGGCUUCACAUGAUCAUCAUACCAAUGACCAUGGUCACCACCAUACCCAUGACCAUGAUCACCAGCAUCAUGAUCAUGAUCACCAGCAUCAUGAUCAUGAUCAUACUCAUGGGGAUUCAACGGCAAAGUCAUGGGUGGGCCCUGAUGGGAAGGUGUAUCAUAGCCAUGAUGGACUGGCACCACACUCACAUGAACCCAUAUACUCCCCAGGCUACUUCAACAGAAGAGCUCCGCCACUUGUCACCAGGGAUUUCAAGGAAAGAGCCUUCACUAUCGGCAUUGGUGGCCCAGUUGGUACUGGGAAAACAGCUUUAAUGCUGGCUCUGUGCAAAUUCUUGCGGGACAAGUACAGUCUUGCUGCAGUGACAAAUGAUAUAUUCACAAAAGAGGACGGUGAGUUCUUGGUGAAACAUGGAGCACUUCCUGAGGAAAGGAUACGUGCUGUGGAAACUGGAGGAUGCCCACAUGCUGCAAUUCGUGAGGACAUUAGCAUUAAUCUUGGCCCUCUUGAGGAGCUCUCUAACUUGUACAAAGCAGACAUACUUCUUUGUGAAUCUGGGGGAGAUAAUUUAGCUGCCAACUUCAGCAGAGAACUGGCCGACUAUAUCAUUUAUAUAAUAGAUGUAUCUGGUGGUGAUAAAAUUCCUCGAAAAGGUGGCCCUGGCAUCACCCAAGCUGAUCUACUUGUAAUAAACAAGACCGACCUUGCCGCAGCAGUUGGCGCUGAUUUGACUGUCAUGGAGCGUGAUGCACUUCGAAUGCGUGAUGGGGGGCCAUUUGUCUUUGCUCAGGUGAAGCAUGGGCUGGGUGUAGAGGAAAUAACGAACCACAUUUUACAGGGUUGGGAAGCAGCGACUGGGAACAAGCGUCGCUGACUUCCUCUUUUUAGAAAGUUGCUUCAGCUUAUAUUUUGUAUCUUCCUUGGUUUCAGGAAUGAGUAGAUAUAUUAUCGUCCGUGUUGUUAACUUUUCAAAUGUUUGUGUGCCUGCAUUUAGCAGUAACUAUGGCUUCGUAUUUAUGGUGUUUUCUGGAACUAUGAAUAUCGGCUUUCACGCUCAGCCGUUGCUUGUUUGGUAACUACGGCUUCGCUUUCA